ACACACACAGUGAGAUGGGAAGAGCUCCAUGUUGCCCUAAGGUGGGAUUGCAUAAGGGUCCAUGGACUGCAACAGAAGACGCACUGCUAACCAAAUAUAUUAAGGAGAAUGGAGAAGGGCAUUGGAGAUCUUUGCCCAAGAAAGCAGGACUUCUUAGAUGUGGUAAGAGUUGUAGGUUAAGAUGGAUGAACUAUCUGAGGCCUGACAUCAAGAGAGGAAACAUCGAACCGGAUGAAGUGGAUCUCAUCAUCAGACUCCAUGCAUUGCUAGGCAACAGAUGGUCUCUGAUUGCCGGACGAUUGCCGGGUCGGACAGAUAAUGAAAUCAAGAACUACUGGAACACCCAUCUAAGCAAGAGACUCAAAGGCCAAGGAACGGACAGUGGGGCACACAACGGCCCCUCAAGAGAAACCCCGGGAUUGAAGAAGAGAAAGAGCAACAACAGCAUGAAUCUAAAGAAGAAGAAGAGCAAGAGCAAAGAGAUUGAAGAGAGAAAGGAGACCAAGAUCCACCUUCCAAAGGCAAUAAGAUUGACUUCAUUGAGGAAUGUAAGGAAUUUCAGUGUAAAUGGAGUCAGUAAUGGUUCUGAUGACAAGCUCGGAAGUGGAUUAUCUACUUAUGUAGAGGUUGUUAAACAGGAUUUGGGUCUCUCAUGGCCUGAUCAUAAAGAUGAUGGAUUUCUUGUUGAAGGUGGCCUUGAUCUUGAUUUUCCAAUCCAUGCGCAGAUGCACAGAAAAGAUGGCAGGUUUGAGAAGCUAUAUGAAGAGUACAUGGAGCUCCUUAAUGCAGAGGAAGAGCAAAUGCAACUUAAUUCCUUUGCUGAAUCUCUAUGGGCAUGAUGAUGAUAAUAAUGGGGCAUGGAAAUGAUUUAGAUUUUACAUAGAAAUAUUGUUGUAGACCUAGAUUUCACGUGCCUCCCUUCUCUUGCACAAACAGAGGAUCCAGAUUCAAUAAAUAAAUAUCCGUGGUCUGCUUGCUUUUA